AUGACGCUAAAAACUACCAGGCCCGUCGAUGGCGAGACGCCUGACGAAGGUCUAGGCGCAGCAAGGAGAAACGAAUCGCUGGGCCACCGUUUUGCGCCGCAAGGUCGACAUUUCGCAUCACCAAAAACUGGUUCGCGUGCCCAGGCUCACAGACCUCCUCCUUUGGAUCUCACACCUCCGCCACCACCAAGAAAUCCCAGUUACAAUGCUCAUAACAAUGAUAACGAGCGUGUCCAAGGUCGUGGUGACGGUGAUCCUGAAGAUGGCAAGGACUUAGCAAGUGACAGCCGGGACAACACACCUGGAGGCACUGCGCCUCUACCAAGUCGGAAACGGCCGUGUGACUCUGCAACACCGCCAAGUGAAUACGACGACGACGAAGUAGACUACGAUGACGGGGACGUCGCGGACUCUCGAUUCGAUAUGUCUGUUACCCUAACUCCCGUGCUGCCUGAAGGCCAUCUUGCGGACGACUCGUUUUGUCUCUGUAGAGAGCAAAAAAUCCCACGUCCUCGCAACGUGUUCAUGCUGUAUCGACAGAGUUACCAGUCUCAGGUCGUGGCAAGAAACCCCGGCAUCGCAAAUCCGGACAUUUCCAAAAUUAUUGGCAAAAUGUGGAGGGAGCUGGAUGGCAAAGGCAAAGCGUACUGGAAACAGCGUGCCGAAGAAGAAAAAAUACGCCAUCGAGAGAUGUACCCAGAUUAUCGCUAUCAACCCAAGCGAGCAAAGAAGAAAAACACCAGCGGGGAACAGCAGGGCACUGCGUCGUCACUUGGCAGUGAGAGUCGGAGCGGUGCAGCCGGUGAUGGACCGGACUUGGGUACUUGUGACAAGUGUGGCCGCCGCCUCAAGGCACCGCCUCUCUCGUCACGCUCCAUCCCCAGCUCGGUUAGGUUGGCCCCAACUCCAUCCUCGCCGUUUGUUGCACCUCACGGGCGUAUGCAAACAGCUUCAUUUGACGGCUUCGAUGUGGAUGAGGAUCGUUCUCGCCCUCCUCAUCCCAGUCCCAGCCCGAAACAGCACCAGUCACCUCCUCGUGGUCGAGGUGCCUUCUCGAGAGAGGCCGUAGGAAGACGACCCUUGCCACCGUAUGGACGGCCAGGUACGGUGGGCGCUGUGCCUCGUGGCUAUCCAAGCCUCAAGAUCGAAGACACGUAUGCUCCAUCUGACCAGAGGAUGCGGCACUAUGAGCCACCUACUCCUUUCUCGGCACAAUUUUCUCCUUACGAAAAUGGUGAGGGUAGCAUGCACCCAUCUUACAUGCGGCUGCCAUAUCGCCCUGCCUCCGACAAUAUUUCGUCUUCGCUUAACCAAGUACCCCAUUCGGCAUCUGUGUCGCAGUAUCCUUCCUCAGGUCCUGCCCCUCCGCCAGCAUCCCCAUGGAUGGGACCUCCACCGCCGCCGAUGCGCCAUACCCCACGAGGAUAUGCAGGGCAUCCGCCGCCUCGUCAUAGCUAUGAUACCAUAGGGGGUCCUCUCACACCUGCAUCGGGGCAUCCAGCCAGAGGAGAAGGCCAUGGGAUCGUGCCUAGUCGGCUGCCACCGCCCACUCCACAAGACGGCUAUGGAUACUACCAAGUGUCAGGCCCCGGUAGUGCGGCUACGCCAUCAACGGCAAUGGCGGGACCUCCAACUCGUCCAAUGCCAACACCAACUUCAGCUCAAACAGCACUCGGCAGGUCAAUGUUGGAUUCUGGCAGGAUAUCUGCUAGCAACCGUGAGCGCCUCUUCCAACAGAAUCAUUCACGACCCACGUCGGGUUUCACCGACGAGUCUCUCAAGCUGCCCCCUCUCAUGACUGACGUAUCUCCCGCACUCCAAGUAGCCCGAUUGUCGGGAUCGAGUAUGGCGCCAGAUCAAUCCGCUUCGGAUGUCCGGGGAUCCACCGGAAGCAAUGGGCCCACGACUGGAAAACUUGCUGCCACUCCUGCGUACUUUCAAGAUAUGCGCACCUUUGCUUCAUCGCCGACGCCCAUUGUGGCCAGGCGCGACGACGACGGAAAUAUCGUCGACAGAGACAGCCGGGCAAGCGGCAUCCGGGCCAUGGUAAUGAGUGUGUCCUACCUCAAGAAAUACGAAGUACUGCGCCGGAUCUCUCCACCGCGGCCAGUGCCUCCUCGUCGCGGCCUAUUCAUUGCCAUCGAGGGCCACAAUGCUGCUCUUCGAGAUGCUGUCGGCCGUAUUGUGGAGCGAGCACUUGUCUCUUGCGGUGAAUGCAACAUCCGCAGUUGGACCAUGACCCCUCUGGAAGGAGACGAGACCUCCGGAAUUCAUGGUAUGCAGAAGAGAAACACAGACAGCGGCGUGGGCAGCAGCAUCCAUGUCGAAGAUGUGAGCAUGGCACCCAGCCCAGAGUCUGGUGGUGACUGCAACAGCCGCCGUGGGAGUACAAGCUUUGAGAGCACCCACCCAACGUCUCUCUCUUUCACCAUCAGCACGAUCGAGGAUCUUAUGCGGCUCGUUCCAACCUGGCACAAGAUCACGACCGAAAUCAACGAUCACAUUCACACGGCUGGCGGCAGCUCGGAGAUUUUGGGGUCGAUUCCGUUGUCGAGGAAGGUGAAAGACAUCUCCAACGGUCCACCGUCACCAGCCAGGUCUCCAAUGGACUUGCGACUCUCGCCGACCUCACAGUCUUCGGCAUUGCAGAGUGAAGGUUCGUCCAAAGCACCUGACAGCUCUCGGAUGGUACAGACCUGUGACGGUUCACAAGCCUCUGCCAGCCCCUCCCUUCACUCGACAACGACAACACUCGCAAAUUCACAGCCAUCCCAACUCUUGCCUGUGGCGCUGGUCACCACUGGCUACAGCCUUGCCAUUGCGGACAAGUGUGCGAUUUCCAUCCCCAUCAACGACUCGUUCCCCCCCAUAGCCCACUGGGAAUACAUGGCCGGACUAUGGCGUGGCACACCAGGGCCAGACUUGGUGGUCUACGCCGAUCCCUCACCACCGCCUCUAACCAGCAAUGGGGCACGCGGUCCCACUGUCCACUUCAUGGACCAAGAGGGCAUUCUUGUUGCCCACAUCCCACCUCCUAAGACAGCAGUAGACAAGCAAGUUGGCAGCGCGGACCAUAGCAACGACACCAACAGCAACGACAAGGAUGGCGAUGAUGAUGGAAGCAGUAUCAUGGACCAAAAGACGGAAAGGCGGUUGACGUUUGAGAUCUUGGAGCUGGUGCGUUCGGGAAACUUUGGAGCAUUUAAAGAAGAGACCUAG